AUGACGGCAACAGUCAACAUCAGCUCACAAGAUGACUGGCAGCGCAUCCUGGGAUCGUCGACCAUCGUUGUCGCCGACUUCUACGCCGACUGGUGCGGCCCCUGCAAAAUGAUGGCACCGACGUUCGAAUCUCUAUCGACCAAAUUUUCUAAGCCAGGCAAGAUCACCUUCUGCAAGGUCAAUGUGGACAAUCAACAAUCCGUCGCUUCCGCCCACGGCGUCAAGGCUAUGCCCACCUUCCUCAUCUUCAAGAACGGCUCCGUCAUCGAGACGAUCGAAGGUGGAAGCCCACCCGCCCUGUCGAGUGCCGUCGAGAAGGCAGUCAAGCUCGCGGGUACCACAAUACCCGGCGCUGUAUUCAAGACACCAGGGCGGACACUGGGUGGAAGUGGACCAGCGCUCGGGAGAUCUCCGGGCGGUGGUCGAAGUCUAGGGGGCCGGCCAUGGAGAUUGGAUUCUUUCAAGAUCUUUAACGCGAUCUUGACCUUCUUUGGGCUUUACUUGGUUUCUCUGUUCUCUUUUGACCCAUACAAGGCAGCGGAAAAAUCAGAUUUCAACGUUCACAAGCCUCGACAACCAACUGCACCCGCGAGAGGGCCCGCAGGUGGACAGAAGGCUGGAGGCUCGCCGGGCCAGCGUCCCACUAAUGGUGUCAAGACGUUGGCAGACCUUGGAGGCAGCUAG